AUGUGGAAAAAGUGAAGCGCUAUGAAGACUUUCCAGAUGCACUGUAUGUACAUCACUGGUUUUUAUGAAAGUGUAAAAAUGCAGUUUGCUCCUCAUAUAAAACUAUUGUAUGGCUUUAGAAGACUAAAGGCCCAGAUAUACUCUUAAAAUAUAUAUUAAAGAACAAACUAUUGUGACAUUGUUUUGAACAAAAUCAGGCCAAUACAAAAUUUGCACUGCAGGUUAAGAAAACAUAUGCAAAUAGAAAAACACUAACAGAUUAAAAAACAUCUUUACCAGUGUCAUCAGCAAAUUCUCACCAUGCAUGGAAAUACAGAAACAUGCUGCGAAUAGCACAGACCCCAAGGGAAAUGUGUGGGGGGACACUCCAAGAGUGACAAACCCGACAGCUUUCUAGUUAGGGGUGUUGUCGGAGAUCUGAGAGGUUGGUUUUAUUUAUUUUAACACCCUGAUUGUAUAGUACUGAAUAUUAUGGCUAAAGUAUACAAACAACAACAUUUGUCCAGGACAUUAAAACAAAUCAAAAACGUACCUCUCAGAUCUCCUUGAUAAAGAUAUUUUCAAAAAUCUUUUGUGUUUUUAUUUCCGUGUGUUUUCUUAACUUGCUGUGCAUUUCCUUUUUUUCAUGUGUUGUGUGAAUCUGUGUGCAUGUAUGUUGUCAAACUGUUGAAGAAUAGGGAUGAAUAUGAAUUCAUUUAUUUACUCGUUCUCCAUUUAUUUGAGUUCCUUUCUUCUGUUGAACACUAAAGAUAUUUUGAUGAUUGUCGGAAACUGGGAACCAUUCACUUCCAUAGAAAUUCCUACUAGGCAGGCAUGGUAAUAUUAGGCUUUCCUAAUUUGUGAUAAGAAUGAUACUCUCUUUAUGUCUCUUUCAGUCCUCCCAAUCCUCUAGCCACACCUCUAGCAGGCGUGUCACAAGUAUGGGCUGGUAAAUCCCACCUCCUCAGGUUUAGCCACGCCUCUGAGAUGCUUUCUCUGUCCGUGUGUGCGUCUGAGCUCUGUCCUACAACAACAACCAUUCAAUCAUCCAUAUCACUGCUGCGAGAGUGUGCACAGGACUCUGCAUUGAUAAACAAGCUCAAAGGUCUGAGAGUGGAAACAGAAGGAACUGAAAGCAACACUUUGUCUUCAUACUCAGGAUCACCAUACUCACUGCUUCACAAUGCUUGGCUCAACAACACCAGUCAGGAUGAAGAUGAGGAGCUCUUGUCAUCUGAUGACUCCGAUGAGCUCACAACUGACUCAACAAACAGUUCGCUCACCAUUACAAACAGCAUCAACACUCUGCAGGCUGGUGAGGAUCAGGCAAUUUAUCCUCAGGACUCAAUUGAUUUUGAGUCAGACUCUACAGCAUCUGGACAAGACUCUCCCAUGCAAGACCAUUUUCCCAUCAAUAGUCCACAGGACGAUCCAUUCCCCUUCAAUGAUGAAGAAACAUCUAGAGAGAUCAGAAGUAUGUGGCACAGCAAGUCAGAGGAGGAUGAGAAAGAGAAGUUCAUUCCUACAUCCAAAAGCGAGACGGAGAAAUAUAAAGUGAGUCGAACACUAAGCUUCCUCAGGAGCCGAAUGGUCAACACCAAAAUAAAAAACAAGGUAAAUGCAGAUGUUUCCUCAGCCUUGCACCAGCUCUGCUCACUGCAGGAGCCUGUUAAUACAGCUUGUGAAGUCUGUGAGGAUGUGAACAGUGAUGAACCACAGCAGUGCACAUACUGCUCCAUGAUCAUUCAUAGGGCCUGCUGUGAUUCUGGCCCUCUGUGUUUAAAGAAUCCUCAUCAGGCACUUUUGAAAAGCGCAGACUCUUCAAUAUUAAUUUACUCGUCCAGUCAGAGUUCUCCAUCCCUGUCUCUGGUCCCUGACAGUAGCACAGUAUCACACAGAAAGAGGAGUAACAGCGAGGGGUGUGGCCAUAAUGUCACUCUGCGGAAAAGCAAGUCAUUGAUUGGUCAUUCUUCUGUAAGCUCCGCCUCCAAUUCAUCAGCUCAGAUUUCGUUUGACUACUCUGCUGAAUCGUGGAGUGCAGUUGUAGACGCUGAAUUCAGCAGGACACUUGAGAAAGAGGUGGUCAAGAGACAGGAGAUCAUCUAUGAGCUGAUGCAGACAGAAUUUCACCACGUCCAGACGCUCACCGUUAUGGCUGAUGUUUUGAGACGGGGACUGCAGGAGGACGUGCAGGUGGAGCAGGACGUCAUCAGUCAGAUUUUCCCCAGGCUGGACGAGCUCUUAGCUUUGCAUAGGAACUUUCUUUUAGACAUGGAGACCAGACAGAGGGCUUCUGUUUACCCAGGAGAGCACAAGAACUACAUCAUCCAGCAAAUCGGUGAUAUCCUGUGUCAGCAGUUCUCAGGCCCAAAUGCGUCUCAGAUGAUAGAGUUAUAUGGCGACUUCUGCAGUCAGCAUCCAGAAGCGCUGAAGAUUUAUAAGCAGCAGUUGCAGAACAACAGGAAACUGCAGUUAUUUCUCAGACAGCAGAGCACCAAAUCUGUCAUCAAACGCCGCGAAAUCCCAGAAUUCCUUUUGCUCGUGACUCAGAGAAUCACAAAGUACCCUGUUCUGAUAGAGAGACUCCUUCAACACACUGAUGAUGGCAGUGGCGAGCAUUAUGACAUUGCAAUGUCACUUGAGGGUCUGCGUGCGGUGAUAGAGGAGGUGGACCGGCGUGUGGGACAAUACGAGCGCUCAAAGAAGCUGCAGGACAUUAUCAGUCGACUGGACAACAAGAGCUGCACUCGUCUGAAGAACGGAGAGAUCUUCGGCAAACAAGACCUGCAGAAAUCACACCGAACUCUCACUCACUCCUCAGUGCUGACAUGCAGGACGACCUCUGGCAGACUCAGAGAUGUUCUGGCAUUGCUCCUCACAGACGUUCUGGCUUUCCUUCAGGAAAAAGAGCAGAAGUUUGUCUUUGCUGCAUUGGAGCAGAAACCCUCUGUGAUGCCCUUGCGAAGGCUCAUUGUGAGGGAAAUAGCCAAUCAGGAGCGAGGAUUAUUUCUCAUCAGCAGUGACUGCUCUGGGGGGCCGGAGAUGUACGAGAUUCACACACAGACGCGCGAGGAGCGCAACACAUGGAUGACACUGCUGAGACAGGCAGCGGAGAGUCUUCCAGAUGACCAAACCAAGAAGAAUGAGGGGGAAAUUAAAGUCAAGAAGAUACAGAAACUGCAAGAGGCGCUGUUUUCACUGGACCUGCAGGUGUGCUCAGUCAUCGAGGAGAAGUUAAGGAUCUGCAGAGGCACUGGUGGUAGAUGGAAUCUGGCUAGCUGUCGCCUUCUCGUUCAACCCCAUCCUGAAAACACCCCUCAGUGUGUCACAUUACUGUCUGACGCACAGGAAGAGGUGGUGAAGCUGGCUGUCACCUUGCUGUCUUGGCUUUUCCCGUGCAUAUUGUCACCAAGUACCCCUGACAGCUUUAGAGAGGAAAGAGGAAACUAUAAUGAACACAAUUUGCCAAGUAGGAGCAGGAGUAGCGGUCUGGUAGGAACAGGGGUCGGCCCUCUCUUAAUGGCCCCGAUAAACCCUGCCCCUCACAUUUAUUUAAAGGUAGCGGAGGGUGUUCACAACUUAAUCCAUAUACUCUACAGUCUGCAGGCUGCUAUAAUAAUCCAGGACAGCUGCUUUGAAGUUCAAAAUCUCCUCCUCCUGGAGGGAGAAGCUCCACCCCCAGGUCUUACCAGUGAUUAUGAUGUCAAAAGGGUGGGUGUGCAGAGUUUGGAGUAUGGCGUUGGUGGCUGCGGGACUGCGGCCGUGCAACAGAAUGAACUGGAGCAGAGAGAGAGAGAGCAUACUGAACUAAUGGACAGACUGACCAAAGAGAAAGAGCAGUUUGAGGAGGAGCUGCGGCUGUUUGAGGAGGAGAUGAAGAAGCUGAGAGAGGAGGAGAAGAGAGUGAAGGAAGAGAGAGAGAGAUUAAAGGAGGAGGGCAAGAAAGUGUCGAAAGAGAAGAAGAGUCUGGAGACAAAGAUAAGACUCAUUCAAAAUCCAAAUCCUCGUCAAAUCAUCCUGCCUUGUAUCACACCACAGGAGAAAUAAACCACAUUCAUGUAUACUGUAUUUACAGUGGGCGAAAUAGA